UCAUUUAUUCAAACCUGGCUUCGUAUUAGUAUUGAGCGUAGACUGUUAUGAAAAGAGAUUGGCCUUGAAAUAGGCCGAUCGUGGACGGUUCGACAAUAUGACAUAGUGACAUGACGAUGCUCAUCUGCAGUGCAGGGCAACUGACCAAAAGCAAUGGGCCACGUAGUGACCCUUUAAAAAAUCAAUUACCUAAACUUGCAUGCACAAAGCCGUCAGAAAGAUUGGAGCUUUUCGCCCGGAAACUCCACGCCUGUUGUACGUGUUACAACUUUGCAGAUGAAAGUUCUGACCUAAAGGCGAAAGAGCUAAAACUCGUUUACCUUCAAGAAAUUAUUGAGUAUAUUGAUUUGACACAAGGUGUGUUGACCCACGAACCAAUUUACGCCCUGUCUACGGUGAUGAUUAGUCGAAAUAUAUUCAGAACUUUUGCGCCUAAAGAUCCCGACUACGAUCCCGACGAAGACGACGCUAUUUUUGAUCCUGCUUGGCCUCACCUUGAGCUCGUAUACCAGUAUUUUCUUCAUUUUUUAGAAGCGAAUGAUUUUCAACCAAGCAUCGCAAAGAAGUAUAUGGACACCAGAUUUGUCACAAGACUGCUCUAUGUGUUUGGAAGUGACGAUAUGCGAGAGAGGGAUAUACUGAAAACAAUUUUACAUCGUGUUUAUGGAAAGUUUCUGGGACUUCGGGCGACUGUCAGAAGACAAAUUAACAACAUAUUCCUCGCGUAUCUAUAUGAUGGACAAGAGUUUACAGGAGUCGCUGAAAUCUUGGAAAUUCUUGGUAGUAUUAUCAAUGGAUACGUAAGCCCGAUGAAGCCAGAACAUCAUUUAUUUUUGGAUAAAAUUUUGAUUCCCCUUCAUUCGUCGAAAGACAUGGCUUUCUUUCAACCUCAAUUGGUUUAUUGUGUCGUUCAAUACAUGGAAAAAGAUCCUAAGACGGCUGCGAGUAUUUUAAAAGGUUUGUUCAAAUUUUGGCCAAAAACUUGCAGCACCAAAGAAGUGUUAUUUCUCGGUGAAUUGGAAGAAUUAAUUGAUGCAAUGCAACCUGGUGAAUUCACAAAAAAUCAAGAUCUGAUACUAAAACAGCUGUCAAAAUGCAUAACGAGCCAUCAUUUCCAGGUCGCCGAACGGUCAUUAUACUUCUUUGAUAAUGAGUAUAUUAUGAGCCUGGUGGAAGUAAAUGCAGACGAAUGUUUUCCUUUGGUAUUGCAUUGUCUCAAAUCUAUUUCUCUGGAGCAUUGGAACAUGUCUAUAUCGACGUUAGCUGCUACUGUACUCCAGACUUUUAAAGAUUCAAAUCCGGACGUUUUUUAUAAAGUGCUCGGCCUACCGCGCCCUCCACCUAAGCCAAGAUCGAUUGCACAAUCCAUGUGGAUGAAGGCGGCGGGAUUAAGCCGCAAAGCUUGAAUGUAUUUCUCUUCGUAAAGUUGUUGAAUUAAAAUCGAAAUAUGAAAAUUUC